AUGAAUCGGAAUUUAGUUCAGCGCACCUCAAUUACAUCCCCGCGAAGAGAGGAGAUACAGUCUUGCGAAGCAUCCUCAAUAUACUCGUCUCCUGUUUCGACCUCGUCCCAGGGAGGUGUUUCCCCUAUUGGUCUGGGAAUUUCCCGCUGCGACAUCGACAAUGGAUUCGGUCAACUGAGGGCCUUCCCUACGUCGACACUGCCAUCGCAACUGAUUCCUGGAGCGCCAAAUCCCACCUUCGCAUUAUCCUAUGACGACUUUGCCGGAGCAUGCUAUCCAUCAGUUUACGAUGGACUCGUCAACAGUGCUUCAGAGACUUCACUGGGGUUCUACAGCCCCACGACGAUGAGCGCGUCUCCCAGCUACAACUCUGGCAUGGAGAUUGCCUCUGGCCAGAAUGUCUUCGCGGGCCAAAUGACCGAUAUGUGGAUGCACACACCUUGCUCGGGACCGACAACGCCAUCGGAUGUGGUCACUGUACCGAACGGCGCAGGACAAUGGGACCAGAGUGUGUAUUCGGACGUGUGUAUGCCCUCUCCGAUGCCCCUAUUAUCCGUCAACGACAUGUCCUACCUUGGGGCGAUGGGAGAGGAGAUUGGAUACGAUGGAUCUGGAAUCAACACUGGUCAAGUCUUGCAACCCCAAGCAUCUAUCGAAGGAUUCUCCGAUGGUGUCACGGACCCGAGUACAAUAGAGCGCUGCGCGUCAAAUGACAGGCUAGUAUCUGCCAGUGGCCUGGAAUGUCCAAUUUGUGGCGCAAAAUUCACGCGACGCUCCAACUGCAAGGAGCACCAAAAGCUGCACAACCCUGAAUGGAGGCACAACCAUCCUUGCGAUGAGUGCCACAAGUCUUUUGGCCGGAGCUCGGAUCUCAAACGACACAUGAACACCGUUCAUCUCGGGCUUCGGAAGUACUGCUGUGACUCUUGCGACCGGCGUUUCAGUCGUCAGGAUAGUCUAGCCAGACAUGAUUGUGCGGAGAAGCAGCGCAACACUGCGAAGUUUACCGGCCACGUUGAUCCUUCGCUCACGCCCAAGCAACGCCAACGAGUGCCGAAUCACCGCCGCUCAGCUAGCUAG